AUGAUCAUUUGUCUCUUCUUCAUUCUGGCUACUUUCAUAGCCCAGGCUCUCAGCUUGCAGCCACCUGACUAUUCACUUGGCAAAGAGCAUUCCUCCGAACACCUAAACCGUCGUACCGGGCGUCUAUCCCGACUUGAGCCACUGUCAUAUGUUAACACUACCAGACUUCAAGUGGCAUACUAUGAAGACGGUUCUCCAGAUGCGCAGGUCGUUCUUCUCCUCCACGGCUGGCCCUACGACAUUCACAGCUACACGGAAGUCGCCCCAGCUCUUGUGAAACAAGGAUACCGUGUUAUUGUCCCAUAUCUACGCGGUAACGGACCUACCACCUUUCUGCACACAGAUACUUUCCGCUCCGGCCAGCAAGCAGCUUUAGGCUACGACAUCAUCGAGUUGCUAGAUGCUCUAAGCAUCAAAAAGGCCAUCUUUGCUGGUUACGACUGGGGUGGACGUGGUGCUUGCGUUGCAGCAGCUCUGUGGCCCGAACGCUGUGCCGGCCUGGUGUCAGUCAACAGCUACUUGAUCCAAGACCUAUCAAAAGCCUGGGUUCCACUCGAUGCCAAGAUUGAAGCGGGCUUUUGGUACUUCUACUAUUUCCUAACUCCUCGUGGACAAGCUGCUUUGGCGGAACACCCAAAAGACAUAGCCAGGGUUGUUUGGAAUAAGAACUCCCCUGAAUGGAACUACACCGAAGCAGAUCUCGAUCGUGCCGCUGAGACUUUUGUCAAUCCAGACUAUGUCAGCGUUGUUACUCAUGUCUACAGACAUCGCCUGCUGUAUGCUCCAGGUGAUCCAGGUUACAAUAAUAUUGAGAAAGCGCUUCUUGAGCAGCCUGUUAUCUCAGUCCCAACUGUAACACUAGAUGGUCUUGCAGACGGCAACUUUCCGCCGACGAACGGGUCCUCCUCAGCUAAGUACUUUAGUGGUCCACGUGCACACCAUCAGGUUCCUGGGGCGGGGCAUAAUCUUCCGCAGGAGAAGCCUGAAGCGUUUAUCAAAGCAGUGCUUGAUGUUUUGUCGCUGAAAUAG